AUGAACUCUACAACUGAAAAUCUUUUCAAGAGCCUAACUUCGAAAAUUGAGUUAGGCGGUUCAUGGAGACCAAAGAACUGCAUAUCAAGACACAAAGUGGCCAUCAUCAUACCCUUCAGGGAUAGAGAGGACCAUUUAAAUGUUUUGUUAUCUUUGUUACACAACAUGUUGCCGAGACAACUGCUUGAUUAUAGAAUCUAUGUCGUUGAACAAAUUGGCAACGACACAUUCAACAAAGCCCAGCUGAUGAAUGCUGGCUUCCUGGAAGCUUCCAAGCAGAACGAUUUCCACUGCUAUAUCUUUCAUGAUGUCGACUUGCUGCCGGAAGAUGAUCGAAACUUGUACACCUGCUCCAACCAGCCCAAACAUCUCUCUGUCGCUAUAGAUGAGAUGAAAUAUAAAUUGGCUUACAAAGAGCUUGUGGGCGGAGUUCUCAACAUUCGCAAGGAACAUUUCCUAGCAGUUAAUGGCUACUCCAACUUGUACUGGGGCUGGGGUGCUGAAGAUGACGACAUGGCUUACAGAAUAUUAUUUGCUGGCCUGAGGAUAACACGACCUCCAUAUAGAAUUGCCAGGUACAAGAUGAUCAAACACAUCAAACGAAAGCCGGCUGACUUCAAUACACGUACAAAGUUGUUGUACAGUGGCCUGAAAAGAUUUCAGAAGGAUGGCUUAAACAGUAUCAACUGCACCAUUGUGAACAUUACGAGUAGUCAAUAUUAUACCAAAAUAUUAGUGGACGUCAGCAAGGAUAUGAUGACAUGA